GCGAAGUUCUGUCUUGAGCAUAUCAUUCAUGGCACCCGCUGAAAAAGGAGAUUGAUAUGAUGCGAUGUUCUAUGUGUGGAUAUGCAGAUACCCAAUACACUCCUUGAUGUGGUAUCUCCACUGCCUGAUCGAGCGAUCCUAUGCCCAGCCCCUAAGCAUCCUAGUAAAGUCAUGCACAGCAGCGACGGGCAAUUCACGCACAACAAAUGCUUGGCAUUUUUCCCAGCUGCCUUACGAGCCUGACCGGGCAAUACGG